GAAGUCAUUUAGAAAUAAUCAGUUAUAGACGAUUAAUUCUCUAUUAAUAGUUUAAGGCCUUUCUGAUACAUUGCGAGUAUGAUAUUGAGAUGCUUCGGAUUAGUGGAAACGUAAUUUGAAAGGAUUCAUCAUCAUCUUUAGCUGUUGCAAAGAAUUCCACUUCAUAAUUUUAUAGCCAUCUCUUUCGCGCGCUGCAGUCUCUCCGAUGUUCUUUAGCAGUGAUGCGGUGUCGUCUGCGUGAACAUCUUCGGAUCAUAUUUCUCUUUAGGACACGGAUGCCACUGGAUGCAUCUGGAUGCCUAUAUGUGCUUGUGUCUCCAAGCCUCUAAUACAUCGCCAUCGACACCCUUUAAUUUGAAUCUGCCCAUCGAAUCUCUCUGAACAUCAGCCUAAACUCCUUUGGUUGGCCCAAAUUAAGACGGGUGUCUUCAAUCAUUUCAGAUACUCCUUAUCCAUACGACAUGCACGUCUGUUUUGAAAUUGAUGCAUAGUGAAUACACGGUUUGCUGAAAGUUGACACGGUGUAUAAACGCGUUGAUGAUAAUUAUAACCAAGACUGAUGAACAUUGUUUUAAGCUGUCCAUCAUGUUUUGAGCCAACUUAUCCUUAUUGGAUAAUCAGCUUUUGGAGCGAUUUCGAAAAUCAUCUAAGGAGCGAAUGUAUGUAUCAAUACUGUUGUUUCGUGUGGAGACAUCGGUACAUCGCUUUAGCAUUUUCCUGACCUGUGGAAUAAUUUCAACACUCUCUACAUGGUGCUUACGUCAGUGUGGACAGGAGAAGUAUCGUGAAGGGUAACAAGAAGCAUAAAAUGAGGAUGAAGUGAAUUAAACAAUAACAAAUUAGAUAAUCGUGGAGAGAACACACAAAUGAAAGAAGCAGGAAAAAAGGAAGGGAGACACAUAGAAGCGAAUAGUGUUAUAAGCGGACUAUAGAGGUCACAAGGAAAGCAAAAUAAAGGAUUUAAUACCCCAAAAUCGAGGAUAGGAAGAAAAAAAGAUGAAAAAUAAGAACCUUACUUUGUUGGGGCUGACGAUCUGGGCGGUGGCUGGGUCUUAUAUUACCCUAUUCCUCGUUGGGAUAGCUACCUUUACCAACCAAUGGAUCUUCACGAACGAGAUCAUUGAUCGAGAUUUCAGUAACGGCACCCUCCGAGUCACCAUUAAAUUGCACUCCGGAUUGCUGGAAUUUUGCCGAGAUAAAGUAUCUUAUAUUUGGAUCGGUUCUCCGUCAUUCACUGCGACCAAGAAUGUAUCGGAGGCCACUAUGAAAACCCUCUACGCUGCUCCAGAUAACCCGGGAUGUUUUAAUAUUCGAGCAUCUCUUCCAGAGCCGAGUGAGCCGCCAAAAGAUGUGAGCUCAGCCGUUUUACAGCACGUGGUGAAGGUGUUUCCCUUGCCUAUAUGUAGUUUUCUUCUUCUUGUGAUUACGUCAUCGCUCAGUACCAUGGGUCUCUUCUUCCCUCAACGUCGCUGUUUUAUGUUCCUUACUGGAGCGGGUCACAUCCUCGCAGGAUUGUGUUCCUUGACGGGUCUCAUCCGGUACAUCAUCGCCGUCAACGACGCCGUGAUCGAGAAGCACCCCGUAUCACAGGACAAGCUCUUCGAGCACAAGUACGGCAUUUCAUUCGUGCUCGCCGUCCUCGCCUUCUUCCUCAUCAACUCAACCGGCGUGGCCAGCCUCUAUCUCUACAUUCGGCUAGAAAAGAUGGCGGUUCGAAGCGAGCAGGAUCGGUACCGUCAUCAGUUCACCAUGAGCUCGUGUGUCACCAGCUCGCCCGACAUCGAGAUCACCGCGCACGAUGUCGAUGAGGAGAACGAUGCCGCGGAUGGGAGUGGUCGCCGUGGUGGUGACAGGACGAGUGAGGAGAAUCCCCUGCGACCUCGUCCGGAGGGGAUCGAACGCGAUUUACAUAUCGACGGCCAGCAGAGGCAUUAUGUCAAUUAUAGUAACAACGAACCGGUUAGUCAACCGACUUCGAUCGAGCUAUAAAGAAGGCUGUUUUAAAAAGAAAAAAAUUAGCAAUAUAGUCUACAUCGAAAUUUAUCAAAUAAUAAUCUUGAAAGUAAAGUUUUCUUCUUAUGUGAACAUGCAUAUGGUAUAGUGAAAGACUCAAGUCCGCUACUUAAAUUGGCCGCCAUUGGCUUCCCAUAAAAGAGAGAAUUCUCUUCAUGAUCCUACUGGUUUUGUUAAAAGCUUUCCAUGAUCAAAUUGCCUCAAACCCAUCACUAGAUGGGUCUCUAGCAGAGUCUCUAGAAGAGCAACGAUUAGGAGUUUUCUAGGGACCCUUUUUCAUACCAUUCCAAAUACUUGGAGCAAAGCUGCAGAUGUUCGCACAUCUACUGUAACACCAUCCAAAGAAUGGAACAAUUAACCAAUCUGACAAAAAAUCUGCUAAUUCCAUGCUGCAGAGACUAUUAUAAUAAAUUCUUGAAAACAAGUCUCUUCCCAGAAUGGUUAAGCUCCUUUUGAUUUCGUUCCUUUGAACUUGUUCAAUUUAAUAUAUUUUGUAAACACUGUGUUAUAAUUGUACUAUGUAGAGAGUUUUUACAAAAUAAUGUUUGCGUACUACGAGUUUUACAUUAUUCUAAAUAACAAUUACGCUUUAUGCAAAUUUGUUAUCUGUUCAGUUAUCAUAUUGUUAUGUAUAUAUAAGUUAACUAUGUACGAUAUAACUGUAGAAGUAAUAAUAGUAGUAGUAGUAGUAGUAGUAGUAGC